CAAUAAAGUGAUCAAAAUACCUAGUACUAAUUGCAAUAGAAUCGGAAUUGUAAAUCAUUUUGCAUUCAUUUCUCUUUUUUAUUAAUUUUAUUGAGUUGUUUUUUUUUUCUUGAUGUUGUAGAAUUAGAAUUAGAAUAUUAAAUUAUAUAAUGCUGGCUGUGAAAUGGGAUCAAAAAGAGGUUUUGCUAUUACAAUUCGUAGGACAGAAGUUAUUGUUCAAAUACCAUUGAAAGAUUUACAAGAUGAUGUACAAUCCUAUCCUUUGGACAGUGGAACUUUAGUUCGUACAAGUGAAAAAGUGAAUAAUUUCAAAAAUGUUUUAAUUCAAAUUAUAGAUUAUUUUAAUAAGAACCCAGCUUAUGAUAAUUUAUAUAAAUGCAAAUGCUCUGAUUUAAAAGAAGUUUCUGAAGAUUGUUGGCCAUUUUUGAUUGCUAUUAAAGAUGCCAAAGAAAGAUUAAGAUUUGCUCAGGAUAAUGAAUUAAUAAAAUAUUGUUUAUUUAAAAAAGUCAAAGAUAUAUUAUUAAUUUCCGGAAGGAAAUUUAAAAAAACAGAAUCCUAUUGUGGUAUAAUAAGGCAUAUUGGUCUUGUGCCUGAAAUUGGCCCCGGAUAUUAUUUUGCAAUUGAAAUAUUGACUUUGGGGAAUGGAUAUUCUCCUCAAGCCGAUGAAAUAAUAGAUUUUGCUGAAAAAUAUACAAAAUGUGAUGCUCAUCUAUCUCUUAUUGUAACUGCAAAUUAUAUUGAACAGGAUACAGAAACGCUUUCCAAACCUAAGUUUUCAACACGUGAUCUAUUGUGUGGAACAUUAGAUCGUGCUAGAUCAGCUUUAGGUUUCACUUCUACAACCACCGCUAACGAUAAUUUUUACAGCAAUAUAAAAACCUUUAAUAGACAAUCACCCAAACGGCACUCAUUAAGACAAAAUUCGUCCUCUACUAACAGGAACAGUUAUGUAGAUUCUAAUAGAUUUAGUUUAUUAGCAGCAAUUGAUAAUAAUAAUUGCUUAAAUGACAAACAGAAUAAAGAGAAUGAUUUAAAUAUACCUAGUGAUGAUGAAAACCCCGUAAUGGAACAAAAGAAUUUUAAAAAAAAUUUUAAUAGUUGUAAUGCUUCAAGAGUUGUAAAUUCUUCCCAUAUUCCAAAUACCUGUACAACAACGAGAUCUACAUCAAGUACAUCAACAAAUACUCCAUCAUAUAAAAGAAAUAAAGCGACAAAUACUAAUUUUCCUGAUUUAUCGAGCGCUAAUUCAACUAACUCAAAAGAAAAUGGCCACCAUAUUACAUUCAACUUGCCAGGGAAUUGUGAUUCAAAAGAAAGUUCGCAUCAAAGAGACGACGAAAAUUUAAUAACGUUAACAAAUGAGGAAUACGUUAGAUGUGUUGAAAAUUAUGAAAAAAAUUUAGAACAAAAACAGCUUCAUCAGCAACAACAACAGCUACAGCAACAACAACAAUCAAUUAUAAAAUCAUCAAUUAAAACACCAACAAAUAAAAACAUUCCACCGGUUAGCAUAUUAAAGCAACCAAAAUCUAACUUAAAUAAUAGUGGAAAUAUUAAUACAAGUAAUUCAAAUUUAAGUAAUAAAAAAAAGCCAUUGGCUUCUGGAACGACGACUGUUAAACCAAAUACCAUAUUGAGCCUUGAAGAUCGUGAUAUUGUUGUGAUCGAUACAGCGGAUAUUAAAGAAUCAACUAUGAAUGAAAGUAAGGUUAUUGUUCUAGAUAAUCCAAGAAAUGAAGUUGAUUUGGCUGAUUUAUUGGGUACAAAUUGGCCUUCUACAGCUGGUGAUGCAGCAUUAGUAUUAAAUACUGAUAAAAGUAGUUCUGUGCAUAUAAGUAGUAGUAGCAAUAGUAGUGUUAGCAGUUUUGGGAAAAGUGAAAGAAAUAAAUCAGCAAAUCCAAUUUCACAUAUUAUGAGUUCCAAAUCAAAUAUAGAUAAUAAGCGUAAUAAAGAGAAUAUGAAGCAUGUAAAUGAAGCAAUAAGUAAUAAUAGUUCAUUUGAUGAUUCUUCAAUUAUAGGGGGUUUAAGAAAUUCAAAUAUUGGAAGAGGAAAUAAAGAAAAAAAGUUGAAAAAUAUUGAGCCAUUAUAUGACAAUACAAAUUUAAUUUCAUCACAAGUACAAGCACAAAAUGUAAUGCAUAAUGAGCCUGAAGAUAUUUUUGUACCGCCAUCACCAUUAAGUGAAAUUCCAGAUGAUACAGGUUUAGGUGUAGGAUCAAUGGUUGAAGUUUCUACGGAUGUUUGUGAGGAUUUAUAUGGUGUAAUUAAAUGGAUUGGUGUCCCACAAGGAUCGAAAAAUGUCAUGGUUGGAGUUGAAUUGGAAGAUGAUCCAGGUGAAAGACCAUUAAAUUUAACUGAUGGUGUACAUAAUGGAGUAAGAUAUUUUAAAUGUCCUGAAGGAAGAGCAAUAUUCAUUCACCCAAGUCAAUGUUCUAUCGAUCGAAGAUUUUUAGAAAUUGAAGUUCCUUCUUCACAAGCGUCUUCAGUCAUUGGAGCAACUGGUAUAUCAAAUAAUUUACCUAUUAAUAUUAGUGGAAAAAAUGCAAAAGCUUUAGAUGCAAAAAUGUUUGGUCAAGUAGAAUGUCCACCAGUUGUGGGCUCGGUUGCUCCCUUAAAAAUUUUAAAUCUUGAUGAAUUGGAAGAAAUAUGUGGGAAAUUUAAAGGAAUUCAGGGUCAUCACAAUUCAUGCUAUUUAGAUGCCACACUAUUUGCAAUGUUUACAUUCACUAGUGUUUUUGAUUCCUUAUUAUUUAGACCACCAGAACCAGAGGAUAUUUCACAUUACGAAGAAGUCCAAAAAGUUUUAAGGGAAGAAAUUGUAAAUCCAUUACGUAAAAAUGUUUUUGUAAGAGCUGACAGAGUUAUGAAACUGAGGCAACUAUUAGAAAAACUAAGUUCCGUAACUGGUUUAACAUGUGAAGAAAAAGAUCCUGAAGAAUUUUUAAAUAGCUUGUUAGCACAAAUAUUAAGAGCAGACCCAUUUCUUAAAUUAAGUUCCGGGCAAGAUACAUUUUUUUAUCAAUUAUUUGUUGAAAAAGAUGAACGUUUAUCAUUUCCAUCAGUACAACAGCUUUUUGAACAAAGUUUUUUAGCAUCAGAUAUUAAACUGAAAGAAGUACCAUCGUGUCUUAUAAUACAAAUGCCACGUUUUGGAAAAAAUUUUAAAAUGUAUCCAAGAAUUUUACCAUCCCAAGUGCUUGAUGUUACUGAUAUUAUAGAAGAUUCUCCAAGACAAUGUUCUGUGUGUGGAAAAUUAGCAGAGUAUGAAUGUCGUGAAUGUUUUGGUAUGUUACAGUGUGGUGUUGGAUUAGAAAGUACAGCUUUUUGUAAAAAAUGUUUGGAAACCGUUCAUUCCCAUGCUAAAAGGGCAAAUCAUACCCCAAAAGAAAUAUCUGUGCCACAAGAUUUUAAAAUAAUGGCAGAACAUUUAAAUGUUCCACGUUUAUUUAUGGAAUUAUUUGCUGUAGUUUGUAUUGAAACAUCACAUUAUGUUGCAUUUGUUAAAGCUGGUUCUGGUUUAGAUGCACCAUGGUGUUUUUUUGAUUCAAUGGCUGAUAGAAAAGGGGAACAAAAUGGAUAUAAUAUUCCUGAAUUGGUUACUGUACCAGAUUUACCUCAAUGGCUAUCUGAAGAAGGUGCACGUACAAUAAAUGAGGCAGCUGCAAAUGAUAAAAUGCUACCAGAACUUGCAAAAAGACUUCUUUGUGAUGCAUAUAUGUGCAUGUAUCAAAGUACAGAUGUAAUGAUGUAUCGAUAGAUUUGAUUAUAUAUUUUUUGAAAUCUAAAUGGUAAAAAGAAAUUUGGAAAAAUAUUUAAUGUAUUAUUUUAAAAAAAAAAGGAAAAAAAAAUCUAUAAAAAAAAAAAGAAAAAAUAAAAAAAAUUAUUUAUCGGUUUUUUUGUUUAAUUAAACUUUUGUUAAAGAAAAAAAAAAUUAUAAGUAUAUUCAUAUAUUUACGUAGUAUUUUAUUAUUACUUUAAAGAAUGAAAUGGGAUUAAAAAAGGAAUACUUUCAAUUGUAUUUUAUUAUAUUAUAUUAUAUUAUAUUGUAAUAUAUUAAUUAUAUUAUAUUAUAUUCUAUUA